AAGCGUCCUCACCUGGUGAGAAGGGGCGCUGGAGCCUACCGGCGGCGGCGCGGGGAGCCGGAACCGCGCUCUGGCCCGAGGCCGCCGCGCUCCCGAAGGAACGUUCGUUCAUUCCUUUGCUGCACGCAGGGCAUAACUGUUCGCCUGACAUCACAGCGCCUGUUUGCCUCGGGCCCGGGGAAGUUCAGCCCGUCUGGGUUCCAGCACGCUGCUGUGUGUCAGGUUAAACCACCAAACCGCUCGCUGACUUUCUCCAUCCGGUGGUGAGCUGAAAGACGCCUCUGAUUUCUUUCCAGGUGUUGACGUUGAGUAGGCCUCGUUAGCAUAUGAAGAUGACUGCAUCCAAAGAUGCCAUCCCUUCCUUAGCUGAAUGUCAAUGCGGAAUCUGUAUGGAAAUCCUACUGGAGCCGGUAACCCUUCCUUGCAACCACACGCUCUGUAACCCGUGCUUUCAAUUGACUGUUGAAAAGGCCAACCUGUGCUGUCCCUUCUGUCGCCGCCGAGUCUCUUCGUGGACUCGAUAUCAUACCCGAAGAAAUUCUCUUGUCAAUAAAGACCUGUGGGAGAUUAUCCAAAAACACUAUGCAAAGGAAUGCAAGCUUAGAGUCUCUGGGCAAGAAUCAAAGGAAAUCGUUGAUGACUACCAGCCAAUUCGUCUGUUAAGUAAACCUGGGGAGCUGAGACGAGAGUAUGAAGAGGAGAUAAGCAAGGUGGAGGCUGAACGACAAGCCAGCAAGGAAGAAGAAAACAAAGCCAGUGAGGAAUACAUACAGAAGUUGUUGGCGGAAGAAGAAGAGGAAGAAAAAAGACAGACGGAAAGAAGGAGAAGUGAGAUGGAAGAACAGCUGAAGGGGGAUGAAGAACUGGCAAGGAGGCUCAGCAUCAGUAUUAACAAUAACUACGAGAAAAAUGUCUUGACUUCUCCUUCGAGUUCCAGAAAAUCAGAUGCAGUCACAAACAAGUCACAAAAGAAAAAUACAAACAAACAAAAAAAUUUUGGAGAUAUUCAGAAAUAUUUGUCACCUAAAUUGAAGUCUGGGUCUGCAGCCGUACGUGAAGAAGACAGAAGCUGCAUAUCUAAGGUUUACCUAGAAACUCAAGAACAAGGUUCGGAGUCUUUAGUGGAGUCACCUGUGCCAUGGAUAUGUGCCAGGGGCGUCGAACAGUGCCUUGAAGGAGCAGCUGAAACACUGUCAACCAAUCCUGAUGAUGUAUGUCUUGUAAAUCAUGAGGACUCUAGAGCCAAAGUUUACUCCUCUAACGAAGCUACAGUUAAGCCUUCUGGUAAAGUAGAAAAUGAAGAGUGCUCUCUGUCCACUAUGACCCCGUUAGCUGAUGGUAACAGAGUUCCAGAAAGUAGAGGGUAUCAUCUAGUAGUUGGAAAAGAGAUUUCCGAAAGAGAAAACCAGGAAUCUGUGUUUGAAGCAGUCAUGGAUCCAUGCUUUUCUGCAAAAAGAAGGAAAAUAUUCCUCAAAUCCUCAGAUCAAGAAGAAACAGAAGUGAAUUUUACACAAAAACUGAUAGAUUUGGAGCGUAUGCUUUUUGAGAGACAUAAGCAAGAAGAACAGGACCGAUUGUUAGCAUUACAGCUUCAGAAGGAGGUGGAUAAAGAGCAAGUGAUGCUCAACCGGCAGAAAGGCUCCCCGAAUCAGUACCAGCUGCGCACAUCUUCACCCCCAGACAGGCUGCUGCACAGACAGAGGAAGAACUCCAAAGAUAGGAACUCCGUAAAGCAGACUGAUGCAGAGCAUUCCAAAUCUCAGAGGGGCACAGAAGAUGAGUAUAGGCAGCCCUUCAAAAGCACAUGGAAGGGGUCAGUCAAUGGAAGAAAGAUGCCACAUUCAGCUAAAGAUGAUUGUAGUAAUGUAUCUAAACGCACUUAUUCCCAACAGCCUAGUAAUUCACAGAAAAGUAUUCUUCAGAUGUUUCAGAGAUAAACCAAACAAAGCACGGGUAAAGAGUAUUCUGUAAUCUAGUAAAGCUGUAUUGUAAAACUCGCACUUUUCCAUCAUAAGAUCUUGAGAUGUGUCGUCAAUUUCUGCUCAGCAAGCACACUUACUCUUGUUUUAAGGGGUGGUUACAAGGAAGAAUUUACAAAUACAUUUCUGCAAAAAUCAGUGAUAAGGAAAGGUCCUUAAGAAUUGUUUCUGUUAUCAAUAACUGCUAUGCUCUAACUGCGACAGUCUUUACAGGUAUAAGAAUGCCUAGGCCAGGACAUCUUCAGGUGUCAUUCCCUUUCCAAAAGUCUUUCGGCCUGCCUUUUGUUAUGAAGGGGUGAGGAACCUAACCAUUCCCAUACCUGCUUUAAUCUGAGCGUUCUAGCGUUUCCUGUGAUUUAGGGUGGAUCAGGAUCUAUACUGACUAGUUGACAAAAAGGCUGCUCGGUUGCUAACACAAAAGGGUUGAAGAGUGGGAUGGGGCUGAGUGGUGGGUCAGCAGUUAGGGUCACCGGAACUAUAGCAGAACCUGGGUCCAGACAGGCAGCGGGUUCCCUGUGACAGAAAUGCUUGGGUCUACAGCUUUUCACACCAUGGUAUCUUGGCAAAUAUUGGGAUAUUUUUACUGAUCUAGAGAAAGGAAUUUACUGCAGGAAAAGUGUCCCAUAGGCUUCUGUUGGACAUCCUGCCCCUCAACGCUUACUGGCCCAGACUUUGUGUUUGUGUGCAGAGAUUGGAAAUGGUAUGUGGGGUUUGUCCAGGCUUGCCCUGAAAGGUAAAUCCAAAGGGACCUGACUUUAUCUUGUGAAAUUUGAACUUCUACUGUUACCUUUCCCUUUGUUAAGACAAAUAGCUUUCAGCAGACCAUAUCCGCUAGCAUUUCUUCUGGGUCCUGGCGUCCACUUGCUGUUAACACAGUGAACUCGCUGUCCUGCUGCAGUGUUUGACUUGAUCCACAUUUUUGUCAUUUGAGUUUUUCUUCCAAGUUUUAAGAUUGUUUUUAUGUUUAUCUUGGUAUAUUUUUUUAACUUUAAGUGUUGGAACUCCAAAUUUAAAGUUAUCACAUUGAAUCUUUGUGGAAUAGUUCAUGACCAAA